UAUAGAAUACAUCAAAAUAACGAACGCUAGAUAGAAUUUUAUAGAGAGAGAGAGUUUUUAGAGAGAGAAAGGAUGAAGAUCACGGCAUUGUUGGUGCUUAAAUGCACAGGUGAGGGUUCCGAUCCCGUUAUUCUGGCGAACGCUUCCGACGUCAGCCACUUCGGUUACUUCCAGCGUUCCAGCGUCAAGGAGUUCAUCGUCUUCGUCGGUCGCACCGUCGCCCGUCGCACCCCUCAGGGCCAACGCCAAUCCGUACAACACGAAGAGUACAAGGUGCACACAUACAACAGAAAUGGUCUUUGCGCGUUGGGAUUUAUGGAUGAUCAUUACCCGAUUCGGAGUGCGUUUUCUCUUCUCAACCAGGUAAUAGAUGAAUAUCAAAAAAACUUUGGCGAGUCAUGGAGAAAUGCUCAGGAAGACAGUACUCAACCAUGGCCCUAUUUGAAUGAAGCUCUGGCAAAAUUCCAGGAUCCUGCAGAGGCUGACAAGUUGAUGAAAAUUCAGAGAGAGUUGGAUGAAACAAAAAUCAUCCUUCAUAAAACUAUUGAUAGUGUGCUGGCUAGAGGGGAGAAGCUGGACAGUUUAGUUGAGAAGAGUUCUGAUCUGAGUGCCGCAUCGCAGAUGUUCUACAAACAGGCCAAGAAAACCAAUCAGUGUUGUACCAUAUUGUAAGCAAGCUUUCAGUAUGCAGCGUGCUCGUCUUGAAUCCUGUUCCGACAUGGAGACUGUUGGUAGGAGAAAAUAGCCUCAUAUGUCUAUAUCACUCCAUUGUUUGCUUGUUGAAAAUUAUGUUAUAUACCCUAUACAUGUAUUGUCUUACCGUGUUGACAAAUUCAAAUUCCCAUUUACCUUGUGAUGUUUACUAUGAUAAUUUAUUGUAUGCAUAUAUUAUUGUUUUGGUGGAGUCAUUCCAUGUUUAAUUUGUUGUUGGAUAUUGGCAUAUUGUCAUGUA